AGUUGUGAUUGCUUAAAGAUAAUUCUCAUCAAGGGCCAUCACAUGUAAAGAGUGGGUGGCCUCUUGUCAGCCGUUAAGAAGCUGCUCCAGCCCAGAGUUUCAAAUCCAGCCCCUCUCCAUCAUCGAUCUCAUAUCUUCUUCAACGCGUCAGGGACCCUUUACGAUCUACUCGAGCUGUACCAAUUGGAGCCAUAAAAUUACAAUUUGUAGCCAAUGGAACUUACAAUCAUAGUUGCCACAAAGACAUUCAAUUAAGGGGGAGGAAACCUACCCGUAAUUCCCUUUCACACCUCAUGAAACGCCUCUGUCAUCAAGAAAAGCCGUCCUCGCCAUGAUCCUUGGUCCUAUGAGCCUCGUUGACUGUGGAGUAUUUCUCAUAUUUCUUGCGCCUCAACUCAUAUGGCACGCUGGGUUCUUUCUGACACUAUUCACGGGUCUUAGAGCCCUACCGUUUCUCUUGAUUCGACUUCCUUACGAGUUCAUCACUGACCGUUAUUUGACUCACUCAACUCGCCAACUUGCGUUUACUCAGACAGCUACUGUGUUUGAGGAUCUUGUGAUACGUUGUGUGCGGUAUGCCUUCGCCAAUAUCCCCGCCAAGGUUGGGCGAGUCUUCUUCGGCAAACAUGUUGCGUUACCAUUCAUUCACUGGCGCAUGCUUCGCCAUGGCUAUAUCAGAUCUCCAGUUCACUACAGGGAAUACAACAUAGGAAAAGGAGAUAUUGAAACAAAGGGCACUUGGAUUAUGCAUCGACCGGAAUAUCCUCCAGAUUUUGUCCUUUACUAUGCACACGGUGGUGGGUUCUUGAUGGGCUCAAGUUACUUUUACCUUGAAUUCCUCAUGGCCUGGCAUCACCUCCUUGUUGAGGCUGGAUUUAAUAACCCAGCAAUAUUUGCACUCGAGUAUACUUUGGUACCUGAUCAAGUUUACCCAAGACAGGUCCUCGAGGCACUUGAAGGUUACAAGCAUGUCCUCGAAGUCGUGCAAGACGCAUCCAAGAUCUGCGUUUCGGGAGAUUCGGCUGGCGGCUCAUUGAUUCUCAGCUUGUUGCUCGAGUUGGGCGCUCAGGCUGGCAAUCAAGACAAGAAGGGCAUGAAGGUCAACAUCCGGGGCGGCCUCUCGGAUACGACUCCACCUCAUCUGCCUCUCCCGCGUAUGGCUACACUAAUUUCGCCAUGGAUAACACUGAUGUCCAAUUUACAUUACAGCUCCAAAAGUGAUUUCUUGGACAAGAGAACCUUGUGGAAAUAUGCACACGAGUAUGCAGGAGAGAACAUGGUUCAACAGCAACCGGCUUCUCCCGGUGACUGCGUCGAUGAGGGGCUCUGGAGAGCAGCCAGUCCCGAACGAGGAUACUUCAUCGUCUUUGGAGAAGAGGAAGUGUUUGCGCCAGAUAUUGAAGAAUUUCUCAAGCGACAAGCCAAGAUUGGGAUUCAAGCUGAAGGACAGAAAUUCGACGGAGGAAUUCAUGCGUGGCCAGUAGCCUCACUAUUCCUAUCCAGUACAGAGGAUAAAAGGCUGCAAGGACUUCGAACUGCUGUCAAGGAGAUUAGAAGACGAAUGCUUGAAUGGGGUACGCUAAAUGGGGAUAGAGUAUAGAAUCAGAUUAGAUCAAGUAAAUUUUCAUAGACGAGGCCUGUAGUUGGUGAGUCAGGAACCAUAGUACAAAACUCGGUUUCGUCCUCACCAGGCCUGCUCAGGGAUUAAAGCUCAACGUGUAUCAUCACCAGGGUGCAGAGGCAGAAGAGGAUAUGCAGGUGGAAAAUAGUGGAACUUACUUGGUAGAGAUUGAUAUAUCUGCAUGCUGAAGUUCAGAGGUGACGUGUCCAUGAGCCAGCCGGUAGGUCAGUCACUCAC